AUGGAAGAAGGCAUGUGUGACAUAUUCAAUAUAAUGACAAGAAAUGGUGUUCCGAAUCAAGCAGCAUUAAAUGUGAUGGCGGAUCUGUAUGAUGGUAGGCAUAUGUGGGGUUUUACAGAGAAGGUCAUAAAAAACAUGAAGGCGGAGAAGGUUAGAGAAGAAAGAGACGAUGAUCUUAACAAGCUUCUCCAAUUUUUUAGGGAGUGUAAGGAGAACAAUGAGCACUUCUACUGGGAUGUGGAUGUAGAUCCAAAAACUGGGGUGGUGAGGAACAUAUUCUGGAGUCAUGCAAGUCAAAGAGCUGAGUACAGAGACUUUGGAGAUGUCAUUACAUUUGACACAACUCACAAAACAAACAGUAGGCACAUGCCACUAGCCAUGUUUGUUGGGGCCAACAAUAACUUGAAGAAUGUGACAUUCGGGCAAGCGCUGAUUGGUGAUGAGUCAACUGGAUUAUUCAGGUGGUUGUUUGAGACCUUCAAGAGCUGCAUGGGUGGUCGGCAGCCCCAUGUAAUCCUAACAGAUGAAGAUCCAGCUAUGAGGCAAGCGAUAAAAGUGGUGUUUGACAAGACACAUCACAGAAACUGUAGCUGGCACAUCCUAAGGCCAUGGGAGUUUGAGUUGGACCAGCUCUACACCCAACACAAGGAUAUGAAACUGAAAGAAAAAUUGGAAUCUUUGAUAAAUUAUCCACUUGGGCCAACGCAAUUCGAAGUCGAAUGGAAUAGGCUAGUUGAUGAAUGUGGCAUUGCUGAACACCCUGCAAUAAAAGCUCUGUGGGAAAAAAGGGAGAGGUGGAUUUCAGCUUACUUCAAGGGGAUGUACUGUGGCAGAAUGACAUCAACACAAAUAUCAGAAAGCCAGAACAGGGUGCUCAAAGAUGGCUAUGUUAAUAAAAGUACAAGCCUGCACAUAUUUGCUAAAAGGAUGCUAGACUCACUUCAGCACGCAGACCACAUGGAUGCCGGGGAGACACACUACGCCCAGCUGAGCAGGGUGUACACGAGGGCCGUGUACCAAGAGUACAAGAAGCAGUACAAUAACAGCACAGCGUUUGUGAUUGAACCCGAUCCAGAUCCAACGGUGAAAAAUAGAUGGUUGGUGAAGCAUGGAAAUGUUGAGGGCAGCUUCUGCUGGGCCCAACAUGCAUUCAGGGUGGUUGCGGAUAAAGAUGCUGGUGAAUAUAGCUGCGAGUGCAAACAAUGGGAACAUACAGGUAUGGUGGUGCUGCUGCUCCUGCUGCUGCUGCUAUUGAUAUUGCUCAAUAAUACAACUCUGAUUGAUGGAUAA